AUGGAUUCUACAUUGCAGCCUGGCGACAGCUUCCCGGACAAUGUCGUAUUCCAGCAAGAUUCCCAUCUCUCUACUUCUCAUAAGGAAACGAGCUCUAUAACCUCGUGUGGGGUUGCGAUCCCUUACAAUGCUUCGAAGGAAUGGUCUGAUAAAAAGGUCGUUUUGGUUUCUGUUCCUGGCGCCUUUACCCGGACAUGCUCCGGUCUUCACCUCCCCAAUUACAUUGAAAAUCUUCCCGCACUUAAGAAAAAAGGUGUCGAUUUGGUGGCGAUUAUUUCCUUCAACGAUGCAAAUGUUAUGAGUGGCUGGGGGAAAGCAAAUAAUGUUACGAAUAACGAUAUUAUAUUCCUCUCUGAUCCAAAUGUCGGGUUCUCGAAGAGUAUUAAUUGGGCAGAACCAUCGGGUCAUCGGGGACUUCGUUAUGCCAUUGUCAUCGACCAUGGAAAGGUUAUCUAUGCACAGAAAGAGACCGAACGGGGCAAUAUCCAGAACUCGGGAGCCGAAUCCAUUCUUCCAUUUUUAUAG